AUGCUGAUGCAGCGAGACGCCGAAGACUGGCAAGCACUGUUGCAGGCCUUCGAGCGCAACCGCGGCGGUAAACGUCGCAUCUUAUUCCAGGAGAUGGGUGGGCAAUCUGAAGAGAUGGUCCUGGAGCCCCAACUUCGAUGGUUCGAAGUGAAGACGCUGUUGCUUGAGAAGGUCUCACAUCGGCUACCCAAGCCUCCUGCCGGGAUGCGGACGGAUGUGCGGUGCUACGACGGAACCGAGGAGCUUUCCCAUGAUGAGACGAUGGUGGCGACGUUUCCGGAUGAGGUUUUCGUUGUUUACCAGACGGCAGAAGUGGACAAAUCAUCCUCCUCCGGCUCCUCAAUGCCAUCACUGUUUGGCUCAGAUGGUUCUGACUACUGA